AGUUCAGAUGGGUCCCUCUCUGGGGUUAUGCAGAAGUGGAAGGAGUAUCAGCUCCAAUGCCUGAAAUACUUGUACGAGGCACCCCCCAUUGCGGCAGAAGGCAAGUUCUGCAACAGGACAUUUGACAAUUAUGCCUGCUGGCCAGACGGACUGCCCGGCACCUAUGUGAAUGUCAGCUGCCCCUGGUACCUCCCCUGGGCUAACGCAGUGCUGCACGGGCAGGUGUACCGGUUUUGCACCCCAGAGGGGACGUGGCUGCUGAAGGAGAAUUCAACCCUGCCCUGGAGGAACCUGUCCGAGUGUGAGGCCUCUGACCAGGAUGCACCAGAGGAACAGCUCCUGAAUUUGUCCAUCAUAUACACCAUUGGAUACGCUCUUUCCUUCUCUGCCCUUGUAAUAGCAACUGCCAUUCUUCUUGGAUUCAGGCAUCUGCAUUGCACAAGGAAUUAUAUUCACCUGAACCUCUUCACCUCUUUUAUCCUCCGGGCUAUAUCCGUCUUCAUUAAAGACUCUGUGGUGAAGUGGAUGUACAGCACAGCCACCCAAGAGCACCAGUGGGAAGGACUUAUCUCCUUCCAGGAAUCACUCAGCUGCCGCUUGGUCUUCGUGAUGAUGCAGUAUUGUGUGGCUGCAAACUACUACUGGCUGCUGGUGGAAGGCAUGUACCUGUACACGCUGCUGGUACUUUCAGUCUUUUCCGAGCAGAGGAUUUUUCGGCUUUAUCUCUGCAUUGGCUGGG